AUGACAUGCAGUGGGGGUCAGACCAUCUCCAAUGCAAAUAGGCUAGUCAUAAGCCAGCCACUCUCUCUCCUUGCCACGGAGUAUUUUUUUAUAGCGGCAGAAUCGGGAAACGACGACUUCUUAGUGGAGUUAUUCAAUAAUGACCAUAAUUUACUAUACAAAGUAAAUACAAAAAGACAUAGCAUAUUUCAUGUUGCAGUUUUGCGUCGCUACGUCAAAGUGUUCAACUUGAUGUAUGAGUUGGGUGGUACCAAAGAUUUGCUUGCAACAUAUGUAGAUAAUGAGGGUAACAACAUACUGCACUUGGCGGAAAAAUUGGCACCUCAAAAUCAGCUUGACACUAUUCCCGGGGCCGCUUGGCAGAUGCAACGGGAAGUACUGUGGUUCAAGGAGGUCGAGAAGCUCGUACGGCCCGCAUCCAGACACAAGAAGAACAAGAAAGGGCAAACGCCCCACGAAUUAUUCGUUGCCGAGCACAGAGGUAUACGAGCGGAAGGGGAGAAAUUCAUGAAGCAGACCGCAAAAUCGUGCAUGAUGGUGACGAUGCUGAUCGCGACCGUGGUUUUCACAACGGCUUUCACGGUCCCCGGGGGAUACAACAACAGCGGCGUCCCGAUCCUCGAGAACGAGAGGAUGUUCAUGAUCUUCCCUCUGUCGGAGGCGGUGGCGACGCUCUCCUCGCUCACCUUGAUGCUCAUGUUCCUCUCGAUUCUCACGUCCCGCUACUCAGACGAGGACUUCCUUAGAGCGCUGCCGAUUUGGAUGGUGGUGGGCGUGUCGACGCUCUUCUUCUCCAUCGUGGCGAUGAUGGUGGCGUUCUGCUCGUGCUUGCUGUUUUUCGAGCACGGGUGGGUGGCGACGACGUUGCUCUUGGCGUUCUUCGGGUGUGUGCCGAUAAUGUUUGUGGUGUUGAAGUAUCGUCUCUUGGUGACUAUAUUGCGUUGUACCUAUAGUUGUACUUGGUUGUUCCGGUCACACAACAAGUUGCACUCCUAGAGUCGAGUCGAAAAUAGCAAGAUCGCUCCCCUCUGCUUAUAGAAAUAUAUAAAAUUGGCUCUUAAUAAAUUGAAGUUAUUGUAGAACAAAUUGUUGAGAUGGGAGAAAUAAAAGUGAUGAGGUUGGAGGAAUACAAAGGCCUUUUGUUGU